AGGCAACACCAUAGAUGAAGAGUUGCGACCCCAGAAAUUGGAAUUCACGACAGCGCAUGAUCGGAGGUGCCGUUGCUGUGGUAGUUGCCUUGGUGAUCAUAAUUCCAGUAGCGGUCACGCAGUCCAAGAAAGACUGUGAUGAUCCACCGUCAAGUCAGUCGUAUCAAGAGAUAUGUAGUGUGGAAGAAAGUACCAUGACAUCACGAAUUAGCGUCCGUUGUGACUAUGGCAACGCCAGUAACGUCGAUCCUAAAAUCCGGGCAACCCUGCAGACGUCAGGUGUUGACGUCACCAACACCUCCAUAGCCGUGAACGAUAUUCCGUUGACAGGAGUCACGUGUUCGUUUCCUAGCGACAAUGUUAUCAUUUGCGAGGGUUCAUUAAUGAAGUGCUCUUACACUGGAAGUCUAUCAGUCUAUAUUAAGACAGGGGGCGGUGAAAUGGUCUACGCCAGCAAAAUGAAUAUUUCACCAGGUUGAGAUGAAACAAAUAUUAAAUAUAUCUUCUGUAUUAUAUUUUACAAGCCAAGAUACUUUGUAACCCGAAACAACCAUAUGCAUGCCGUGACGUUUGGAAAAAUAUUCAACGCCCGUACUUAAUGUGUUGUGCGAAAAAUGAAACGAUUACACUACAAAAUAAAUGCUGUAAUGACUAUCCCACUGCGGAUUUACACAAUAAACACAUUGUUUUACAUUUGCUUUGCUUCGAUCCUCUGA